UCACGGAGGUGGCGGGACGUGUUUUAUCAGGCACAUUUUUUACUUGACCAAUCCGUACCAAAGGAAUCUCAACCACCAACCAAUCAACUCUAUCAGUCAGUUUCUGGGCUGUCGCAUCUCCAAAGUGCAAUCGAUGAUGGAGAAUUCAUUCGUUUUCCAUCGCUCCAAGACACAUAAUGAUUAAUGUUUAACCGACGAUUCGUGGACCACUAUUUAUCCUGAUAUAGUUGAUAAUCCCAGGAAUCUUAAAAUUCCACAAUGACUUUAAAAUGUUUCCAAAAGAAUGAUCGCUGGUCCUAGAUGGAUGGGAGGUGGCAGGAAAAAAACUAUCCUGUAGAGGAGUCAUGUGCAGAUGUUACGUAGUGUCGUCGGUUGGAUGAUAGGCUUAGCAUUAGCAGACAUGGAUGAGAACAAAGCAUCAACCGAGAGUGAGAGCAGUCUGAGCUCCGGAGAGGAGAACUCAAUUCCGGAAGCUAUGGAGGUGGACAAUUCGCACAAGAUUUUACUUAAAAUUGCAACUUUAUAUGCGGAAAGAUUGAUGAACGAUAUUUGCCUGGUUGUGAAUGGAAUUGAAUAUCCGGCACAUCGUCUGAUCCUCUGUGCCUCGAGCGAUGUUUUCCAGGUAAUGCUGAUGUCACCUCAAUGGACGGAAUCGCAAGAGAGUAGAGUAACACUGCAGGAGACUCCACAGUGCGCGCCAAUAUUUAGUGAAUUUUUGCGUUAUUUCUACACGGGUAGAAUACGAAUGAGUUACGAGGUAGUAUUGCCGAUACUAUCGUUAGCAGAUAAAUACAACGUCAGAGAUUUAAUAUCGUUGUGCCUUGAAUACAUGAGAAAUCACAUAGCAGUAGCAGCGAUUCACGGUACGUUGGUAUCGUGGCUCCAGUACACGUCGAACUGCGGUCAUCACGGAAUAACGCAGUCGUGCCAAAAUUUCAUCAAAUGGAACAUAGAGUUGGUAGCAAAAACCGCCGACUUUGGUAACUUCGAAUUGGACGUAUUGGUUGCUCUUUUGCAUCAGAGUAGUCUGGUAAUAAAAGAUGAAAUGACGCUUUACAAGUGUUUGCAAUCUUGGUUAGAUCAUCAAGCGAAUCGUUUGGUGAAUCAGUUGCCACCGGCUGAAUUUGAGAACACUAUGAAGCAGCUGGUCGUCGCGGUGAUGUCACCUGUAAGAUUUCCAAUGAUGUCGCCUCGGCAAUUGGCAGAUUUGUUGUUGUCCCCGUUGACGAAAAAGUACAAAGAAUUCUUUGUUGAAAGAAUGGCGAUUGGAAUGUCUUUUCAUUCGGGACAGCAGGAGAGAGUGAGCGAAGUUGUUAGAAACGAGGAAGACGGAGCUCUGCUCUUCGAGCCAAGACUUUACACGGUUGAUACGUGCAGCUCAUUAUUGACCAUUGAAAAUUUCAACAGUUUACCCUCGUACCACACGAGAACCUUAGUUUUUUCGAGCCAUUCUUUUCUCGCGGAAUACGCUGGCGAUCGAGCUUGCGAAUGGGUCGUCGAUAUUUAUCCGAAGGGCGUUUGGAUAAAAAAAUUUUACCUCAUAAUAUGGCAAGGAACUGUCGAAAUGCCGGAACACGUCAAACGAUCGGUUCGACUCUCGCUGACCUGCAAAGAACCACCGCUCGAUAGCGACCACGACAUGAGAGUCAAAAUCGGCGUUCUCAUUUACGGACUUCAGGACGGGGUCGAGCAUAUCACACGAGUCACAGAAAUCAUACAUCGAUUUAGUAAAAAGGACAAAGUACUCAAUUUGGACGAUCUUCUUCCGUUUGACGAACUCAACCCGCAGCAAGGCUCCAUCAACCCCAAUCCAGCUGUAUCGCCUUUCCUCGUCGGACCGAACAAAGAUAUGCUCAAAUUACAUAUCGUCAUAUCUCCGGCUAAUUGAUUCGAAGCUUCGCAUCAUCGUUACGUGUUCCCUUUGAAUUUAGAUUCGGAUAAUCGAGCGAUUCUGUUCGAUACGCUAGUCGGUAAUGCUUCGUUUUUACGUUCACUCCAACUUCCAGUUGUCUUCAAAUUAGUUUUCUUUUAUCGACUGGAAUAUUUUGGGCUCGAGUUUCAGAGGAUACUGGUGCUGGCGAAACAGUCGUUACCAACGAAUGUUUGGCCUGAGAAGCUCUGUCACUCGGAUGUACAAAAUUUUCUUCGUGAAAUUUACAAUCCUUCGUAACCCACAUUUUGUCGAAUAUUAAUAGCCGACAAAAAAUUAACGUAAUUUGCUAACGUUCAAACGGUAGCAAAAGUCAUUUAUUCUCGAACCCACCAAUUUUUUACACGAGUGUACGCCCGUACGUCUUUGUCGACGAACGUCGUGUGAUAAACUUUUUUGAGGUUAUGAUCAAAUUCGGUGUGUAAUAAGAGAGUAUUUUAUAAACGAAAAACAUUAAAAGAGUUGGCUAAAAUUCAACGCGCGUCAAUAUGUAAAAUAUUUCAUGGAAAGAAACGAAACGCGAUGUUUCUGUUUAUGGUGUACUUGUGAUAAGUAAUUGAAGCAAAAAACUCGUAUUGCUUCGUUCGUGUAUGAGUGUGUCGAUGUCUCAAAAUUCAUUGCAAGAAUUUGUGCAUUUUCAGUGAAGAGAAUGAAGAAUACAUAAGGGUAUAUUUUGUUCGUGUUACACGUAGUAUUAUGAUUGAAAUUUAAAAAAAAAAAAAAAAUGGAGAAAAUACCUAACGAAAUCAUGUUCUUAUGGUUAUCUUGAAAAGAUAAAAUGUUGAAUUAUAUUAUCGAUCGGAUCGAAUUACGUAGUCAAAUCAUUAAGUCCGCGAUUAUAUGGCGGCAAUUUAUGCCGCUUAACAUUAUUUGUUUGUCGCAUACAUUACGAGGCAUUCAUUAUUUUUUUAAAGUGUUGACAAUUGACUGUUUAUAAACGAAGAGAUAAAUUUAUUUGCCAAUAAAAUAUGUCGUCCGGAAUUUCA